AUGGCUGCAGAAAGACUACGCAUCGGGUACAUUCCCGAACAUUUCUCGACACCGCUACACUUCGCCAUCAAGCACUUUGGCCUCGAAGCCGACAUCAAACCCUUCCCCACUGGCACCGGCGCCCUCACAGCAUCCCUCAAAGACAACAGCAUCGAUGUCGCAAUCGGUCUGACCGAAGGCUUCAUCGCAGACCUAGGAAAGACGAACGCAAGCAACGAAACACCUGCCUACAAACUCGUCGGCACAUACGUCGAGAGUCCGUUAUGCUGGGCCAUCAGUGUUGGAAACAAGAGCUCUAUCAACAAUGAGAAUGAGCUGAAUGGCAAGAGAGUUGGUGUUUCAAGGAUUGGUAGUGGGUCUUAUGUCAUGUCGUAUGUGCUUGCUGAUCAGAAGGGCUGGUUGGAAAAGUCGAAGAAGCCUUUUGAAGUUGUUCCGUUGGGAGACUUCAAGGCUCUGAGACAUGGUGUGAACGAAGGUGACAAGGCCGACUUUUUCAUGUGGGAGCACUUCACGACGAAAAAGUUCUACGACAAUGGCGAGCUGAAGCGAGUUGGCGAGAUCUACACACCCUGGCCUAGCUGGAUGAUCGUAGCAAGAGAUGCCAAAGACAAGAAGUUGGAGGUCAUGGCCGAGAAGCUCAACCAAGGAGUCCAGUACUUCCGCGAACACCAAGAAGAGUCAGUCGAGCACAUCACUGGCACCAUGGAGUAUUCGCAAGAAGAUGCCAACGCUUGGCUUAAGACUGUAAAGUUCGCAGACGAUGUCAGAGGCGUCGAGUCAAGUGUUGUUGAGCACACUAUCAGUAUCUUGAAGAAGGGUGGUGUCUUGGGCGACAACAAUGGUGGUGUAGAGGGCAUGGUUGCUAUCAGUCGCUCCCAGAAGGGUCAAUAG